GAAUUGAUCGCCUUCCCACUGGCGGACCCCUCCGCCUCAGUAUUUAUCCAUCAGUGAGUCGUGCUACAGUAGGGCGCUGCUCUCUGUACAGUUUGCUCUCAGGUUAGUGUCUGGGUGAGCUCUGGGGACUCCCUGCUGGAGGAGCUGACAGAAUGGACGGACAGUAACCGCGCUCGUUUCUCUGGGUUACCGCUCUUAUUUUCUGCCGUUCAUCUCCACUGCGCGCAGCCACUGUCCAGUCUCUAUUGGCAACCCCGGAGACACCUGUCGCGCUUCAGGCUUCAGCAAUGAGAGGACGAUGGAGCUCACAUUCCAUGUCCGUGUUGGUCUUUUUGAUCGUACUGUGGCAGAUGGGGUCAAAAGCAGAUUCCAAUUCAACAAGUAACUUCAAAGACAUCACAACCUUUACCAAGAUCCUGGACAGUCUGCUGGAUGGGUAUGACAACAGACUGAGACCUGGUCUGGGAGACCGAGUAACGGAAGUGAAGACUGACAUCUACGUGACCAGCUUUGGUCCAGUGUCUGACACAGAUAUGGAGUACACCGUAGAUGUUUUCUUCCGUCAGAGUUGGAAGGAUGAGCGAUUGAAGUUCCAUGGACCAAUGAACAUUUUGCCUCUUAACAACCUGAUGGCCAGUAAGAUCUGGACCCCUGACACCUUCUUCCAUAAUGGCAAGAAAUCUGUGGCCCACAACAUGACCAUGCCCAACAAGCUGCUGAGGAUCAUGGAGGAUGGAACCUUGCUCUACACUAUGAGGCUAACGGUUCAAGCUGAGUGCCCAAUGCACCUGGAAGACUUCCCCAUGGACUCGCACUCAUGUCCUCUCAAGUUUGGCAGCUAUGCCUACACAAAGACAGAGGUUACUUACAUCUGGACUCGGAAUGCCUCCCAGUCAGUGGAUGUGGCAGCUGAUGGAUCCAGACUCAACCAGUACGACUUGGUGGGCCAGACUGUGGGGAAGGAGACAAUUAAAUCCAGCACUGGUGAAUACACCGUCAUGACGGCUCACUUCCAUCUGAAGAGGAAGAUCGGCUACUUUGUGAUCCAGACGUAUCUGCCCUGCAUCAUGACGGUCAUCCUCUCCCAGGUCUCCUUCUGGCUCAAUCGAGAGUCUGUGCCCGCCAGGACUGUCUUUGGUGUGACUACGGUUCUCACAAUGACAACCCUGAGUAUUAGUGCCCGUAAUUCACUGCCCAAGGUGGCCUAUGCUACUGCCAUGGAUUGGUUCAUCGCUGUCUGCUAUGCCUUCGUCUUCUCUGCACUCAUUGAAUUUGCUACUGUUAACUACUUCACCAAGCGGGGCUGGGCCUGGGAUGGAAAGAGCAUUGUCAAUGACAAGAAAAAGGAAGCGUCCAUCAUGAAGAAGAACAACGCCUAUGCUGUAGCUGUGGCUAACUACGCUCCAAACAUCACAAAAGACUCCACGCUGCCCACAAUCUCCAAAUGUGCUCUGAGCGAUCCCAACAAGACCAUGGGAGAGACGAAGCCCGAGCAGAACAAGAAAACUUUUAAUAGCGUUAGUAAGAUCGACCGCAUCUCCCGCAUCAUGUUCCCUGUGCUCUUUGGGAGCUUUAACCUGGUCUACUGGGCCACCUACCUGAACAGAGAACCAGUCAUUAAAGACCUGGAUCCUUCCAAAUGAACUGUAAAGACUCCAGACACACAGCCCAUUCAGGACUUCUACAUCUGUUGGUAUUAAUUUUUGUCAGUGAGAAGCUGUUGAUGUGUAUGGAGAAUUCCCUUCUCUGUUGCUGACUACAGUUUUGGAUUGUUGUAGGUAAACAUCGUAACUGGGUUAAAAUACACUUAAGAGCUUAUAUUACAGAAGUAAGCCAGACAUCUUUACCAGGUUAACAGGAUAUUUUAAGUUCCAGCAGCCCUUACUGAGAGAAAAGGAAACCUCAGUGCUGUGCAUCAGUGUUGGUCACACAUUUUUGGAAACAUAUUGCAUUCUCACUGCAUUCAAAAGAAAAAAGAGAAAAGACAUUUCCUCCUAAUCAUGGCUUCCAAAUUUUAUAAUUAUGACAGGAUGUAGUGAUAUAAGAAAACAAAACUAGAAAAUGAUCAGUGUUUAAAGCUGCACUAAUCAAUAUUUUUAUAUUGACAAUUAAGGAUGAGCAAGUACAUCAUUAUCUCUGUUCUGUUCAACCAACUACAUUUGUACGCCUAUAUGGAAUGUGCAGUGCUUAAACUGAACGUAGGUCGUGCUUAAACUGGAAGUAAGCCUGAAAUUGAUAUGGGUUGAUCGGAAGUUGCUAUAUUUAUCAGAAAAAUGCUUUCCAAACGAUAAUAAGAGAACUAUUUACAGUAUGGAUAUUGACACAUUUCACCCCGAUGAUGGUCGUAAAAAGUACAUUAUCUGUACUGGAUACUCGUACUUACUCAACCCUGGUCACACACAAUCUCGUAUUCAAGCUAAACAGUAAACUAAACUUUAACUUACUUUACUUACACGGUAGCAUAAUGAGGGCCCCUACCUGUAAACCGAAGCAUUGAGAACUUUGUAAGUGUACAGACAGUUUAUUAAAAAGAUAGUUUUGAACAACAGUAGCGUUCACGUAUACAGGCGGAGAGAUGAGAUGUGAAGUGAAUCUCGCGUGAAACGUUGUUGCCGGAAGAAAGCACUGAACGCAACAGAGACUAGUGCUUCCACAGGAUACACACUAAAGAGAUGGCGGAUUAUUCGAAUUUGAAGACAUCGACAACGAGUGCUUCUUUAAUGUGCUCAGUGCUUUCUUCCGGGCAAAGGGACAAACUGUCUGUACACUUACAAAGUUCUCAAUGCUUUGGUUUACAGGUAGGGCCCCUCAUUAUGCUACCGUGUAAGUGUGGUCCUAUUUUGAGUCUUGUUAGUGGUAUAGAAAUAGCGAUUUCUUUUCACUUUACUCUGUUGCCCCAUUGACUAGCGUUAUAAGGUAAUUAGCGGUUUGUGCUAAAGCUGGUCACAUUCGAUUAUCAUGAAAACAUAUCCCAGAGAACGGACCAACUCGGUACACUUGUGUUAUUAACCGCCAGGUUCAUUUUGCGCCGGAAUUGUCCUUUAAAUAUGUACUUAAAGGUCCAGAGUGUAGGAUUUAGUGGCAUCUAGUGGUGUGCUUGCAGAUGGCAACUCCAUUGCUUGACCCUCCCCUUCCAACCACAAACAGUAUAAACUACAAUGGCAGCAAAACAUGCGAUAAUCGCCAUCUACAGUAAGUGGUUGGUAUGUCUGGGCUACUGUAGAAACAUGGUUCAACAUGGUGGACUCCAUGGAAGGUGACCUAUGGUGUCAGUAGAUAUAAAAGGCUCAUUGUUGUUAAAGGUAACAAUAACAUAAUGCAACAUUUAACUGUCAUGUUCAAACUUUCCUUUAUCUUGAGCACUUUUAGGACUUCCUUGACAACUGCUCCACCCAGUUAAAUCUUUGCUACGGUGCUGGAACCCUCAAAAAGUGAUAUAUUGCAUGGAUCUGAGUUUGCUGGAAUCUUUACUAUCAGUUAGGACUCCCUUGACUUCAAAGUAAAUGAAGUGUCAAGCUUGGUUAUGAAGUUAACAUUGUCCUCAUCAGUCUCCACUCUAUUUGCUGUGCAAAAGAAUACUCCUUCCUGCUCUGGUAUACAUAUGGUUUUUAUUGCUGUAUCAACCAACAACCAAUGCUGUCACACUGUAUUUUCUGGAGAGAACAUCAACAAGCUGGCAGGAGGUAAAUUUCAAAAAAGUGUAAUUUCCUUUAACACAGUCCAUAAUCAACAGCAAUAACAGUAAUUAUCUGAGGAUCCUUUUCUCAUAAAUCUGUGACAAUUUUCAUAUAAUUGUAAGAUGUAACACUGAUGGAAGUCAUAAUAACAAGAAAAGGUCUCAAAUUGUAUUUUACCAUGCCAAAACGCUUAUGAAUCUUUGUUUCUCUGCUAAUAUUUUAUUGCACUUAAAUUAGUUUUAGGCUCUCUUGACAGUUUCAUCAUUAAUAAACUUCUAUAUUCAAGAGGCAGUAGGGAAUUGAGAAGCAAUGAGUCAGCACCACUCAGUCUGAAAAUACAGCACUGUUGGGUGUCAUCAUCAGAACACUAAACAUCAACCAAACCCUCCCCACUGUUAUCUGAUUGCUCCUCAGUCAAUUCACAGCGAACAAUUAUCUCUGGGCAAAAACAAUGAGUUUGCAGGAAGUAGUCUGGUCUAGUCUGUAGUCUGGGCUAGGAGGUUGUCACAUUAACAUCUAUACUGUACCACAUCAGAAUAUUUGCUGAGAACUUGCUCCUCCAGGGCUACACAGUGCUUUGUGGCUCACUCUGUAGCUUUUUGUACAGCUUUUUUCCACUCUGCUUCCUUCACCAAACGGACUGUGUCACACUGUGGAAGAUUCAUUCUGACUGGAUACAAAUGGUUGACAAUAUGUGUAUGAAAAAAAAAAUGUCUUCAAGUGUCUGUGUUUAUUUAAAUUAAUUUUUGUUUUAUUGUAAUCUUUUUAUAUACAAUGUAGCAGGAACAAAGGACCUAUACAUAUUUAAAAGUCUCAACUACCCCUUAGAAGAGGACACUGUGUCGAUAAUACUGCAUUCAUUGAAUUUUGUGUAGUCUGUGUGAAAUAUUUUAAAAUUGUUUUUUCUGCCAAAAAUAUUUGUUAUAUACAUUUCUUAUAUAAAUAUAUGUAUAUAAACCCUGUGCUUUGUUUAACACACUUUUCCACUUAGAUAUCUUUUAGAUAAGAAAUUGUUCUAGAGAUCAAUAUUUUUUUCCUUCUUGCACACUUUGACCCUGUUUGUGUUCAUUUAAUUGUUCGAGCGAAGAAGCUCUUCCUGAUUCAUAUGACCACUAAUACAAACUUGUGAUAUUCACUGAACACAAAUCUCAGUGUUUUCCUGUUUUUAGCUGGGCAAAAAUAAAAAUUAAAACAAGGAGAAAAAAUUCUCUAGAAGGUUACAUAUAUGAGACUUUAAACAAUAAUAAAGCAGCAAACAACUAUCAUCUAUAUAAAGAUA